CGUGACUGCAACCUGUGAAGCAGUGAUUUUUUCAAACUCGAAGUGUCUUUUCUUUGCAAUGAUCGUGAUAUUUUUGGGAUACCGGUUGAGACUUACAAACUCACUAGUUAAGAUGAGCGCUUGCUUACUCGCUCAUUUUGAAAGGCAUUAACGUUAACCCAAAGACAUCUAAAGUAAUACAGUUUUGUGCUGGGGCUUGCUACUGCUGGUGUUUUUAGCUCUCACUUUCUUGAGUUGAUUAACUUAUCAACUCAGAACUAUGAGCGCACCUGCAGUCCUCCGUCAACAGAGGACCCCGUUGCUGCCCGACAUAAACACCUCAGGCUCGAAAAUCUCUGCACACGAUCGGAAAGGCAGGUCACACACUCAGAAAAAGUCCCGACCCAUCACGGACAAUGGUCAAACUUCGCCCGUAACAAAGGAUGAAAUAUCACUCUACCGUAACACCCAGUGUCAAAAUGUGUGUGUGGCGAUGCUGCGUGAGGGCUUCCAUCACUCCUUUGAGGAGCUCUUCUCUCUGCUGCGCCGCUUCGAGGAGGCCCGGCGGGCGGGGGGUCCAGACAACCCCCUCUGGUAUCUACCCUCCCUACAGGAGCAGCCUGACAAACUGCACACCCUGCAGAAGCACCUGACCAAGGCCGAGGCGGCGUUCAGAGCUGGAAACUAUGUGGAAGUAUACGAGGAGCAGUUGACCCUGGCACGGUAUUUCACGGGUCCGGAGGAGGACUGGCUCAGCCUGCACUUCCACCAGAGGGCGCUCCGCUCCGCUCAAAGGGUCAAGCUGGACGGCGGCCGCAAGGAGGCCGAAGCCAACGCCAACCUGGCCAGGGUCUUCUUAGAGCGAGGGCAACUGGACCUGGCAAAGGGGCACUUUGAGGUGUUCUACCGGCUGUCCCAGGAGCGGCCAUGGUGGGAUGCGACUGGACGCACGCUGCAGCAGUGUGCCUGUGAGGGCCUGUGUGCAGUUUACACACAGCUGGCCCAGGGGGCGCUGCAGAGUCAGGAGUAUGAGCUCGCCAUAGAGAUUCUGAACAAGGCCUUCAGCAUCGCCAAAGAAGCUGAUGAUGAGGAGAUGCAAGGGCAGGUGGCUUAUUGGGUUGGUUUGGCCCAUCACUGUGUAGGAAACCUGGAUACUGCUAAACAAUACUUCAGUAUGUCACUGAAUAUCACUACAGUACUAGGUGACACUGAAAAUCAAGGAAGAGCAUACAAAGCCAUUGCUAAAUCAUUGGAGAGUGAUGGAAAACUUGCAGAAGCUGUGCAACAUCUGGAGAAAUUUGCCGAGGUCUCCCGUAGCAACAAGCAGCCAGAGAACCUUGAGGAGGCCUGCAUGAGUAUGGGAAUGAUUUACUCCAACAGGGGUGAAUAUGAUCGUGGUGUGGAGUAUCUUCAGCAGGCCUAUGAGAUAGCGAAGACUGUCGGUAAUGUUGGGUGGCUUCAGCGGGCUCAGGUGUGCGUGGGUAUGACGCGCGCCCAGCGCAUGCUCCCCUCCUUCUCCACACACACCAACAACGCCUCACCUGAUGACAUACGCCGCAUCCUCACCUGGAAGGACAGACGCCAGGACAUGUUUGACUAAAGUGAGAUUUAGAUUAGAUCGCUCAGUCACGAGUUAGGAUGGCACGUGACCCUCCAAGACAUGAUUACAUUAGUAGUGUUUAGGUUGUCCAUUACUGUACAGAGGGGUAUUUCACAAAAGCAGAAUUAAGACAUCCAAGAUAAGGGAUAAAGCCGCGUUGUCUAGUCAUCCUUACAAAACUCGUUUCACUAACGCCAAUCCAGGAUGAAUAGGAGCGACUAUGUCAAACCAGGUGUAAGUUAUUCGGGAUGUGUGCGCGUUCUCGUUUCU